AUGACGGCUACAAUGAUUCAGCAUGUAUUUGACAUGCGAGAAUCUGCUUCUAGGCAGAUUUGGAAGGCGCGUAAUGCUUGGGUGUUUGAGCAAAAAUGGUGGGAUGCAAUGGAGAUAGUUAGAAUUCGAGAAGCUCACUGUUUUGAAUUUUUAAAUUGUAAUGUUGCUCCUUUUGCUACUAUAAGAUCACACUAUUCGGGGCAAAACAGUUAUGGGAAUCCUGUUAGGUGGCAAGCUCCUCCAGUAGACAUGAUCAAAGUUAAUACUGAUGCAUCAUUUUGCGAAGUCUUAUAUCCGUUAGUGGCUGAAGGUUUGGUGUUUCGAAAGGUUAUGGACCAGGUUAUUCGUUGGGGUUACAGUCACAUUGUGUUUGAGAUUGAUGCAGAGGUCAUUGUUGAGGCUGCGAUGUUGGAUGGGUCUUCAUCUCUUUUACUUGGCCCUCUAGUAGAAGAUAUCCGUGAAUGGCUUCAUCAUCACCCUGAUUUUGAUUUGGUGUAUAUGCCUAGAGUAGGGAAUGAGUUGCCUAUGCAGUUGCUGCUUAUACUUUACAAGAGAAAAGUACAUGUUUAUGGGAUGAUAAUUUCUUAG